UAUAUUUCUCAUUUAUAAAUAUUCUUAUUUUCAAUAAAAUAAGUAAUUUUAAUUAAAUAUUGAUAGGCCUUUGAAUUUUAGUUAAAAAAUGGAUAGUAUAAAUGAUACCACUGAAAAUUUAGAACGAUCUAUUCAAAUGUUUAAUCAAGAAAAUGCUCAACGAAAGUCAUUUUUGAGGUUAAGUGGAAAAAAUAUAACUCCAAAAAGAUUAUCAUUGCAAAGUACCAAUCAUUUACGAAAAGACCAGGAUGAUUCUUAUCAAUUUAACGAUAUUAAUAGCCCUAAAAUGUUAGGCAAAUUCUAUCCUCAUUCAAGAUUAAUUAAGGGCCAUGAUCUUUUGGAUAUUGACAAUUCAUUAACACUUACUCCUCAUGAAGUUCGAGAUAUAAUGGCUGCUUCAGAAAAAGGUGAACUUACUUUGAGAGAAAUGAUGGAAGAUAGUAGUGCAACUGGUAUAAUUUUAAAAUCAAAGAAACCUUUAAGAGAUGUUAUGUCUAAACUUUAUUAUGAUUUCUUACACAGUGUACAGAUAAAUUUUUCAGAAACACAAGUAUUUGAUACUAUUGCAGAUUUUAUACAGAAUUGUACAGAUACAUUAGAUAUAAUGAGAGGAAUGCAGUCUAAAGUAGAAACUAAUGUAUCAGAUGAGGAAAUUUCUUUAGAGAAUGAAAGGAAUACAUGGAGGCUUAUUUAUUGUUUAUAUCAAAAUAGAAUAAAUAGUCUCAAUUUUCCUACUCCAAUGGAAGAUGAUUUAGAAGAAAGUAAUACGUACAUAUCAGAAAAAGUUGUAAUAGAUAAUUUAUUUAAAACUGAAAGUUACAUUAGAGAAUAUCAGUUAAUAAUUGACUGGUUGGAAAAGAAUGCAUUGGAUCAAGCAGAAAAACACCCAAUUACUGAACAUUUCACAGAUAAAACACUUCCAUGGGAAAAUACUGUAAGACAGUUAUUAACAUAUGAGAGCAAAGAUCAAAUUCCUUUUCGUUCAACUAGGCCAUUGUUAUCAUCUCUAGAUCCAGAUGCUCCAAUAAGAGAAUCUGGAGAAGGAAAAUCUUUACAUGAUUUAGAUAAAGAAGAUGAUAAAAGACUCGAAAAAAGAAUGUUCAUAGAAGUUCGUUGCGGUCGUCUUCAAAAAGCACAGGCAUUAGCUGAACAUUGUGGACAGCCUUGGAAAGCUGCAUGUUUAUUAGGAUGGAUACCUCAUCAUGAUCCUAAUUAUCAAAAUCCAUUAAUUGAUACUAAAUUGCCCAUUGAAGGAAAUCCUAAUAGAAGCUUAUGGAAAUUAUGUGCUUGGGAACUUUCACAAGAUAAACGCGUAGGUGAAUAUUAUCGUACUAUUUAUGCAAGUCUUUGUGGAAAUCUUCAACAAAUGUUACAAAUAGCGACUUCUUGGCAAGAUGCACUAUGGGCUUACAUGAAAACAUUAUUAGAUAUUAAAGUAGAAAGGGAAGUAAGAGAUCUAGUAAUAAAAAAUUUUACAAACAUGCCUGAUGAUUAUUGGAAGAAUGAGAUUUCAUUGAAAGAUGUUUUUAAAGAACUUCAUGCAUCAAAAGAUCCCAAAAUUCGAAUGGAAUCAAAUAAGCCUGAUCAUUUAAUACAAAAAUAUUUGAUAUUAGAUCAAAUACCAAAAUUGAUGGAAGAAAUAGAUAAUAUGAUAAAUACGGGUACCUGUGAUCCUCAUUUUUUAAGAUUCUUAGCACAUUUGAUAUGUUUCUUUCGUCAGAUUGGAAAAAAUGCAAAAGAUAAAAUUGGAGAUAAAGUUUUAUUGGCAUAUGUUCAUAUAUUAAUCGAAAUGGAUGAUCCAAUUCUAAUUGCUUUCUACACAGCUAUGUUGCCACGAGAAUUACAAGUUACCAAUUAUGCUAGUUAUUUAGAAAAUAUUAAAGAUCACGAACAGCGUAGAAAAUGUUUAACUGCAGCGGAAGAUGCUAAUUUAAAUGUAGAAGCAAUUACGAAAUUAGUAGUAGAAAGUAUUCGCUCUAAAAACAUUGAUAUUGAUCCCAUAGAUUUGAAAGGCACUUUAACCGAUACAGAUAUAGAUAAAAUUAAUGCAUUGGAUUGGUUAAUAUUUUAUCCAAGUCAACGAGAAGAAGCAUUGUGGCAAACUAAUGCUCUUAUAAGAUAUUUUCUAGCAAAUGAAAAAAUUGAUGCUGCUAGAAAAGCCUUUAAUAAAAUUCCAGUGGAUUCUAUUGAAGCUAUUAUGGCUGAGUAUCCAACAAUGGAAGGCACAUUAACAAAUCUCACAAUGACAAGUAAUCUUUCGAAGAAAGCUUCUUCGACGAUUCGGGAAUAUGUUUGUUACAAAACUUAUCUCGAUGCCCAAGAAGGUUUUGCAGAAUGGUUCUCUCAUUAUCAUCAUGGAAAACCUGCACCAUUAGAAGAAUUGCCACCAUAUGCCACGUUUACUGAGAAAGUUGCAUAUGAACACAAAAAAGCACAAUAUAAUGUAGAAAUGGAAAGAUGGACAUCUACGAUGCAACAUCAUACAAAGGCAGUUAAACAAUUACUAUUCAAUGUAUUAUUAUUUCCGGAUGGUGGUUGGUUAGUUGAUUCAAAUAAUAAUAAUAAUGAUGAACCAUGUACACCAGAAGAAAUAUCUCGUGAUCAUCAAAUGGAAAAAUUACGUGAACUUUGUAUUCCAAAAAUUACACUUCUUUUACAUUCUGUAAUGUCUGAAAUGAAUGAACACGCUGAAUGUAUUCAAUUAGCAGAUAUUCUUGCUUCUGAACAAUAUCAACUUUAUAAGGUAUUCCAAAAAGGAAGAUUACGUGAAGUAUUCAAGAAAAUCUGUGAAUCUUCUCUUGUUUUAAUGGACCAAAAAAAAGAUCCUUGGGGAUAUCCAAAAUGAAAUAUUUAAUAAAAUUAGAUGAAAAAGAUAAUGUAUAUAUAUAUAUA